GAUACUUGGUAAUCACGUGUCGGAAAGGGCGGAAGUAAACAGAAAGCGUCUACCCAGCAGCAACUCCUGAAAACGUGAUAUACUAUAAAAUAUGGAACAAAACAAUGCAGAAGGUGGGAACUUGGCCCUGGUCAAACAUGUGGUAUUGAUCCUGUCGGGGAAAGGAGGUGUGGGCAAGAGCACUCUCACCACAGAGCUAGCCCUGGCUCUAAGACACACAGGCAAAAAGGUCGGGAUCCUGGAUGUGGACCUGUGUGGGCCCAGUAUCCCCCGCAUGCUGGGUGUUGGCAGGCAGGAGGUGCACCAGUGUGACUCAGGCUGGGUGCCCGUUUACACAGAUGCACAGAAGAGUCUGGCCCUGAUGUCCAUUGGGUUCCUGCUGGAGGACCCAGAUGAAGCAGUGGUCUGGAGGGGCCCAAAGAAAACCGCCCUGAUUGGCCAGUUUGUGUCUGACGUGGCUUGGGGGGAACUGGAUGUGCUCCUGGUGGACACACCCCCGGGGACGUCAGAUGAGCACCUGGCCGUGCUGGAGAACCUGAAGAAGCAGCACAAAGUGGACGGAGCAAUUCUGGUCACUACACCACAGGCGGUAUCUACAGGGGAUGUCAGGAGAGAGAUUACAUUCUGUAAAAAGACUGGCCUGAGCAUCCUGGGGAUUGUGGAGAACAUGAGUGGAUUUGUGUGUCCACACUGCUCUGAAUGCAGUAAUAUCUUUUCCAAGGGAGGAGGGGAGGAGCUGGCCAAGUUGACAGGGUCAAUAUAUCUGGGCGCUGUACCCCUGGACCCUCUGCUCUGUACCAGUAUAGAGGAGGGCAAAGACUUCAUCCAGACUUUCCCAGACAGCGCCACCUUCAGUGCCAUUAAUAUCAUUGCACAGACCCUCCUAACGUGUCUACAGAACUCCUGAGGGUGCAGAGUACAAUGAUGGCAAAUUCACAGCAAUACAUUUUAGUAUUGAGCCUUUGGCAAAUUAAGUUGAUAGAACAUAAUACAUUUUUACGCUGCAUCUAUGUACAUAUACUGAUAAAGUUUCAGGUGUCCCACUGUGUAAUAGUUCAAGUUUGAUAAAAGUUUGAUAUUGAAUUGAGAGCUGAAAUGUCAGUGAUUUUCACCCUAGCUAACCUGGGAAACAUCUAAGUUAUGCUACUGAGUGAGCGUACAGCUGGACAUUGAGACUGCAAAAUUCUACGUUCUACUAUACAAUUAAAAUAAGGUGAUUUCUGCUGAGUCACUAUAUAAUACAAUCA